UACCCCGGUAAAAUCCACUGACACAGAGUGGGACAUCUGACCGAACUCGACGUUAUGGCUUGUACAUUUUAAUAUAAUACCGUUAUGUAGACAAAUAGGUUUUUUAUUUGUUUACCCGUCGGCUAAAUGAUUCGAUUUGCGGUAGUCGUAAUUGUGCUGUUAACCGAUGUUCCGUUUUCAUUAGAAGAGGACGACAAUGUAUUACACAUCGGCGGCAUAUUCCCGAUCCGCGGCAAAGGUGGAUGGCAAGGAGGUCAAGCUUGUGAGCCUGCAGUUCGGCUAGCUUUGGAAGAUGUGAACAAGAAUAGCAUUCUAUCCGGAUAUCAAUUGAAAUUGCAUUGGAAUGAUAGCGAGUGUGAUCCUGGACUUGGUGCAUCAGUUAUGUAUGAUCUACUAUAUAACAAACCUCAAAAACUAAUGUUAUUAGCAGGAUGCAGUACUGUAUGCACAACUGUUGCCGAAGCCGCAAAAAUGUGGAAUUUAGUUGUUUUAUGUUACGGUGCCAGUUCGCCAGCAUUGUCAGAUAGAAAUCGCUUUCCCACACUGUUUAGAACACAUCCUUCAGCUACUGUCCAUAGUCCAACUAGAAUAACAUUAAUGAAAAAAUUUGAAUGGUAUAGAAUAGCGAUUCUUCAGCAAACUGAAGAAGUGUUUAUUUCUACAGUGGAGGAUAUAGAGACUAGAUGCAAACAAAACGGCAUUGAAAUAAUUACCAGGCAAAGUUUUGUGAGUGAUCCAGCUGAUGCUGUUAAAAACUUGCGUAGACAAGACGCCAGGAUAAUUGUUGGCUUAUUUUACGUCGUUGCUGCUAGAAAAGUAUUAUGUGAGAUGUAUAAACAGCAGUUAUAUGGAAAAGCCUAUGUGUGGUUUUUUAUUGGUUGGUACAAAGACAACUGGUUUGAAGUUAACUUAAAAGAAGAAGGAAUAAAAUGUACAAAAAAAGAAAUGAGAAUUGCAGCUGAAGGUCACAUUACCACUGAAGCUCUUAUGUGGAAUCAAAAUGUUAACCAAAAGACUAUUUCUGGCCAGACUUCUGAAGACUUUCGAAAAAGGCUAGAAAAUGUUUUAAGAUUAGAAGGUUAUGCAAUUGAUCGACAUCGUUAUCCUGAAGGUUAUCAAGAAGCGCCGUUAGCAUACGAUGCAGUUUGGGCUGUAGCGUUGGCUUUCAACAAAACUAUGACUAUCCUGGAAAAACAAGGAAAAUCAAUUACCAGCUUUAAUUACAACAACAAAGAAAUUGCUGAUCAUAUAUAUUCAGCUAUAAAUUCGACUCAGUUUCUCGGGAUAUCAGGUUGGGUAGCUUUUAGUUCACAAGGUGACCGUAUAGCAUUAACGCAGAUUGAACAAGUUAUUAAUGGAAAAUACGUUAAGCUCGGUUACUAUGACACACAGGAUGAUAAUUUAACAUGGUUCGAUAAAGAGAAAUGGAUAGGUGGAAAAGUUCCGCAAGACAGAACUGUAAUUCGACGUGUACUGCGCACGUUAUCGAUACCAUUAUUGAUUUGUAUGUGGGUAAUCACAACUAUCGGGAUACUUGGAGCAGUUAGCCUUAUUGUAUUUAAUGUUCUAAAUCAUCAUAGAAGGGUUAUUGCUCAAUCAUAUCCGGCUUGCAAUACAAUAAUGUUGUCAGGCUGUGUAUUGAGCUUGAGCAGUAUUUAUUUAUUUGGCUUAGAUGGUCAAAUUAUAUCACCGUCGGUUUUUCCAAACAUAUGCCAAAUAAAAACUUGGGUGUUGUCAAUUGGAUUUACUCUGGGUUAUGGAGCUAUGUAUAGUAAGGUGUGGAGAGUACACAGACUACACACUAGUCAAAAGAAAAGCGCAAUUAGGAAAGCUUUGCAGCCCUGGAAAAUGUAUUCGAUCGUAAUAUUUUUACUGGCUGUUGAUGUUGCAAUUCUUUUCUUAUGGCAAUGUAUGGAUCCUCUGAAGCGUGAUAUACAAGUAUUUCCUAUGGAAAAUCCUUUAAAUAGCAACGAUGACAUAAAAAUAAGACCAGAAUUAGAGCACUGUAAGAGUGAAAAUCACAACUUUUGGCUAAGUUUAACAUUAAGCUAUAAAGGGUUGCUUUUGCUCUUUGGACUUUUCGUCUCAUACGAAACCAGAAGUGUCAAACUGAGACAAAUAAAUGAUUCACGGUACGUCGGAAUGUCAAUUUACAAUGUGGUUGUUACGUGCUUGAUAACUACGCCGGUGAUAAUGGUGACGGCAUCACAGCAAGAUGCUAGUUUUGCUUUUGUAGCGUUAUCUGUUAUUUUCUGUUGCUUCCUUUCCAUGGCCCUAAUAUUCGUACCCAAAGUGAUCGAAGUAAUUCGGGAUCCUCAUGAUAAACCGGAAUCUAAAUAUAACCCCGAUGCUGGAAUGUCAAAAGAAGACGAAGAUAAGUAUAAGAGACUUAUUGAAGAAAAUAAACAACUUGCUGCUAAAAUAAAAGAGAAAGAGGAGCGAUUAAAACAACUUAAGUCUGACCUAUUCAGUUUGAGGGGCGAUACUGAUAAGACUGAACUAAAAUGGAACGAUGAGUCGCAGUUAACCGAACACUCGUUCUUAUCGCAGUCGGUAAAUAAAGAUACUUUAAUUGUAGCUGAUUUCAUAACUGGCGAAGGUACAUCGGACUCAGCGUUCAUUGCUGGUACGGCCACUUCUUAUUCUAGAGCUAGUGCUUCAGAUAUGGAAUUCUCUGAGUCUUACUUGUGAAUUCUUAGACGAUAUAUUUACUAUAAUAUGCUUUAAAACAAUCGACCAACAAACAAUUUAAUCAUUUUACUUCAUACAGGGUGACUAAAAAACUUGUUUCUUCAAAAAAUAAUAUUUAAAAUCUUUAAACAAAAGAUACAAAAACGAUACAAUCAACACAAUUAACAAAAUGGUACUUAAUAUACUAUAUUAUAAUAAUAUAUGCAUAUUAUAGCAGUAGGUAUGAGGGAAAUAAUUUUCAAAUAUUUAUCAAUAUUCUUUAUGUUUUACAUUCAAAGCAGCGAAUAUUAAAAUACAAAUUAAAUACACUUACCGAACUGUCAUAAUACUUUUAUUCGUCAAAAUUUUAAUUCCCGUACACUAAGGUCAGCGAAAUUCAUUCAAAAACAAAAUUUGACGAAAUUAAUAUUUGCAGAUUAACAAUUCGACAUAAAAUAGUUUUUGAAGAUUUUAAAAUUGAAUUCAACUAGAAUCUUUUUAACGAAAUUUUAUUUCAGCAUCAUUGAUGAUUAAUAUUUGAUAUUAUAAUAAAUUAUCAAUUCUGGUAUACGAUUUCCACUGUUUACAGCGUAAGUUGUAUUUCAGAAUAUCAAAAUACAAAUUAAUUGUUACACUUAUUUUAUCACAUUAUUUAUGAGAUUUAACAACUGUUAUCUGGGGUUUUUUUUUCAUUCGAACUAUUAUACUUAUUUUACUUAUUUAUAAAUCGUAUAAAAUUUAAAUAUUUUUUACGAUUCAAUAAUGUCUUUUAAUUACUUACUGAUCUAUAACUAAAUAUUUUAGGUAUAGAUAUAUUCAUUUUUAAUUGAAAACUAAAGAAAAAUCGUCAUAAAAUUAAUUUUGAAUGUGCGAAUCACUAUAAUACAAAAAAUUUUCAGGUUUCUACAUUACUUAAAUAUUUGAAGUGGUUGUACUAGGUUUUCUUUGAGCGCCAGUAUAAUAUUCAUUCUUAACUUAGCAAAUUUUCCAUACACAUUAUACAUACGAACGCAUUAUACCCAAUAUUAAAAUUAAAUCAUAAAUAAUUUACUUUAUCAUUGUAAAAAUAAAAUAUAAAUCAGCUUACAAAUAUUUAAAUCAUUAAAAUUAUUUUUGUUCAGUUUAUGAACAGUAUAUACUAUAUAUAUAUGUAUACAGAAUACAUAUUACUUUUAUUAUAA